UUAGAUGGGUGCUGGUGCUGGUAAUGGUGGCGUUUUUCUUGCUUCUUUCCUUUUUUUUUUUUUUUUUUUCUUCUUCUUCACUUCUUCUUGUUCUUUCUUCUAUCUCUGCCCGCCGUUACAACCGGCUUGCGGCUUUCGCGCUGCGCUGCUGCUGGAUAUCCAUCCAUCUAUCUAUCCGUGUCCCUUCCCAGGGACGGAGUUUCUCUCUGCUCAUGUUUGGUGUUGUUGUUUUUCUUCUUCUUCUUGUUCUUUUUCUUUUUCUUCCUCAGCUACGGCGCGGGAACACGGGCGUUGCGGCUUUUGCGCCGGACGCGGUCUUGGCUGCGAGCUUGGGCUUGGGCUUGAUUUGGGCUUGGUUUGAUUUGAUUUGGUAGGAGGGGUGGCGAGGUGGGCUGCUUGCUCAUGCUGUACGCAGCUAGCGGGCUGUGGUUUGGGUUUUUUGGUUUUGGGGUUGGUGGCUCGAUGGUCUGUUUGUGUAUCUGUUCAAAAUCCAUCUGUUUGUCUGUCUCGAUGCGGCUUUGCCUCUUUCCCCAUGGUGGUGUGUAUGUAGUAUAUUCUAUUAUCUUAGCACCGAAUACCCCACUCCCAAUCCCAAUCCCCUUCCUCUUCUUUCUUCUUCUCCUUCGUCUUCGACAUCCGUUGCCCCCGUCUCCGUUCUUAGCCAGAUACCUAGAUGUGGGAGCAACCUCAAGGACAUGGACAUACACAUGGACAUACACAAGCCCAAAACAGCCACCAGCCACCAGCCAACAGCCAACAGCCAACAGCCAACAGCCAACAGCAACCAGCAACCAGCAACCUACCGAACGAAGUAGGCAGGAGCGGCCUCCUGCAUGUCAUGCCAUCCCAAUCAAACAAACACGACAACCAAACAGCACAUCCCCCGCAUCGCAUCCCUUCGGCUCGCCUCGGCUCGUCUUAGCUCAGAUGGACCAGCUUGCCCGCGCGUGCGUGCGUGCGUCAUGUGCUACAACACGGCAGGACGGCACAACGGCACAACGGCAACGGGACGCGGGGAUCUGAGCGGCCCGGUGUAGGGUGUGCGGUGUGUGUAGGGUGUGUGUGUGGGGGGGGCUGACUGCAUGUGUGGGGGAACACUACCCAUGUACAUACUACGUAGCAAGG